AUGACUCCCCCUCCGGCAGCAGAGGGACAAGCCCGCACUGGAUUGUCUGCUUCCAAUGCCCAUCUCCAUGAACCAUCCGAGGUUCAACAGCCGACUGCUACGCCGGCCCCAGGGGCCAGCUACCUCGGAAACAGUGGCAUUCUGCAGAUCUUCGCUCGAGAUUCUCAAAGAAUUGCCGCCAGUGAUCCAGGAAGCACAAUGCCCGUGUUUACGGGCAUUGAAAAUGACCUCCCACCGCCUGAGCUACAGCAAAGUUUUGCAGACACCUAUUUCGACUGGUGCUGGCCGUGGUGUCCCGUCCUGGACAAGGCCACAUUUUGGCAGAAUUCGGACACCACAAUUUCCCCCUUACUGAUCAACGCACUGGCCCUCCUAGGAACUCAGGUUCGUCCUCCCAUCAUGCGGCAUGCAACAGCCGCUGAAUACUACAACCGGGCCAAGAUGCUUUUCUAUAUGGACCAAGACAGUAAUCCAAUUGUCUGUCUGCAGGCCAUCAUGCUAUUCUACUGGUGGGCGCCACGUGGACCAUCGCAAGUUCACAAAGAUGCCGCGUGGUGGUGGACUGGCAUUGCUAUUAAGUACGCUCAACAAGCAGGCCUGCAUCGCGAGCCCAAAAACGUGCAAGAUGUUGGGGGUGAGGUAAUUCAAGGACUGCGGAGGAGGAUAUGGUGGACUCUAUUCGCUCGAGAGCGAUUGACAGCAAUUUGUCAAGGUCGACCCUGUUCGAUCAAUCCUGAAGAUUGCGAUGUCCGCGAGCCAUCUAUUGAUGACUUCGGUCCACCACAGUCACGAGAUCCUCGAGCAGAGAUCUUUGUCCACUGGGUUCGCCUCUGUGGCAUUAUCGGACGCGUCGGACAGCAUUUGUCUCGUCAUCCCGAACAAGCCGCUUUCCCUGCCACUCUUGCUGAAGAACUCGUAAAUUGGGUUCGAAACCUCCCACCUCAUCUUGGCUUGUCUAAUAUGUCUGAUCGUGUGCGAACAUUUGACAGAGAUGUACUGGCAUUACACCUGCCGUAUCUGACCACAGUCACUAUUUUACAUCUGAACUGGUCCUCUCAGCACCCAUCCCAGCCAUGGCCGGAAGCCUACACAGCUGCGGUGCUGUCGGCGUCCUGUGUCACUCGCAUUUUCAAAGACUUCCUCGCCCGAGGUGAGAUUCGAUUCCUAGGUGCGAUAUCAUCCUGGCAUGUUGCGGUUGCUAUUGUGGCGCUCCUGUACACGCAACGGGUUGAGGGGUUAGCAGAAAGCGGAGCCGAGGAUAUUCGAAUCCUUAAGCUGGCUUUGAGCGAACUUGCACGCCUUUGGCCUACGACGGAGAUCUUUGUGAAGGGCUUCGACCGCUUAAAGGCAUUUGAGAAUCUACGAAGCGGCAGGCCGGAUUUUGAGUCUACAGCAAGUGCUACCGACCAUCCUACUACCUCCUCCACAGUUUCAGACGUGGAUUGGUUUCACGGUAUCGACUGGCGGAGCUAUUUCCCACAAAUCACUGUGCAAACCUCUGGUUUAGCUGCAAUUUUGCUUGCGGGGCAAACUAACGAAGGUCUAUGGGAUGACAUGUCCUGGUUGGCCGAUCCCACAGUACAUUUCCAGAACUUAUUUGAUAUCACUGAUGCCGCAUUGGACCCUUUUAUGGAAAACUUGUCCGCGUUAACUGGUUGGGAGAUUGAGUAA